UAGUAGCGCUGAUUUGGACCCCGCGAACGGUAAUACUCGUACUUUGGUGGUCUGACAUUUCGAAAAUGCUAUCAAGAUUAUUGCUGAUCUUUGGGCUGCUGAUGCUGAGCUGGCAGUGGGGCCAGACCAUGCCCAGGCACGAGGAGACUUCCCACAAGGCCGUACACGAGCACACCACGGCCAGGCACAGCCACGGGCAGCAUACUACAGCCAGAAGCAUUCACGGACAUCACACCACGCCCAGGAACAUCCAUGGGCAUCACACCACGCCCAGGAACAUCCAUGGGCAUCACACCACGGCCAGGCAGCUCCAAGACGUUCAUACCACACGCAAAACCAUUCUCGGCCGUCUUACGCAAAAGACCGGCCACGGACACACCACGACCACGCCCAGCAGUGUGCAGGCUACGCCCACAGCCAUCGAAGAGCCCAUUCCGGGCAACUUUUCGGGCAUUAGCACGGUGAGCCUGUUCGAUGUGCCACCCAGCUGCAAGCCAGGACACGUGCCCACAGGUCCCAAUCAGCGGUGUCGCCUCGAGGUCUGAUCUGAUGCAACGAAAUCC